AUGAAGGCGUGUCGAAUGCAAGCCUGCAGUGUGAGCAGCGUACCACCACAAGAAGGGUGGCUGAGUGGCAAAAAUGCCCAGAUGGGAGCUUUUGCCAUAGUGGGGUAUCUUCUCUACAGAUUCUCACAGACUCUUCCCGCAAUAAUCCGAUGGCCGAUUCGUCUCUUCUGCUCCAUAACCGGUCUUUCUGCUCUAUGGGGCUGGGUUAGCCGCAUUGUAGGGACCCUCCGAGGAAUCCAGAGUUUGUGUAAAUGGCUGUCUCGCGUUUGGAAGUUUAUCAAAGGAUCCAGUGAAGUAUCUUGGGACAACGAGAAGAUGAGACUGGACCUCUCUAGUCCCUUAAAUGCGAGUCUCAGACUGAUCCUUCUGGGCCCUGCCGGUGGAGGACGAACAUCAGUGGCAAACAUAUUGCUUGGCAGGAGUGCAGAACAAUCAGAAGAACCUCUCCUGGAGAGCGUCCUAAAAAGGGCAAUAGUAGAUGGUAGAGAACUUAGCAUCAUAGACACCCCAGAUCUACUGAGCGGCUCAUUAGGAAGAACUGAGACGGCCAAAGAAGCUCUGAGGAGCAUUCAGCUAGCGGCCCCAGGUCCCCACGCCAUCCUGCUGGUGAUGCGGGCAUCCCGCUCCAGCAAGGAGACACAAGAAGAGGCCACGCAAGUCACGCAAGCUGUACUGGAACUGUUGGGCGACGACAUCCGAGGGCAUGUCAUCCCGGUGCUCACCCACGCUGACCGCCUGAGUCGACGCCGCACUUUUGACCGGCUGCUGGAUACGGAUGUGGGCGGUGUGAAAAGACUGACGGCCAUAUGCGGUCAGAGGCCUGAGCUGCUAGAGGCCGGAACAGAUCAGUCCCCGGAGGAGCAGAGCGUGACACGCAGGUUGCUAGUGGGGCGUGUACUGGAGCUGAAGGGGCUCAAGGGACAUUUUGUCCACGAGCUGUAUAAGAGGGAUGAACUUGUGAGAAUGGAGCUGCUGUAUGACAUGACUUCCGCACUGAGCAAAAAAUUGAAACAUAAUGUCCUGUAG